UACAAAACAUAUAAAAAAAAAUGGCAAAACUCAAUAUUCUCUUCUCUUUUGUGGCCAUUUUAUUAAUUUCUAGUGCAAUUCCUGCCUUUUGCAAAUCUAACCAUCACGAAAAACAUCCAUCACCUCCACAAGAAGAAGAUGAACAUGAUAAAUACAUCAAUAGCUUACCAAAAAAUUUCUUAAAAUUCGUUGAAAAUUGUACCAAGAAAUUCCCACUUAAAUGUGGCGAAAAAGUCAUAAAUGCUAUAAAUGAAAAAGGAAAUGUUGACAAAAAUUGUUGUCAUGAUCUUGUUAAAAUGGGACUCAAGUGUCACAAAGCAUUAAUCAAGGUUUAUAUUGGUUUGCCUGAGGUUAAGGACAAGAUUGAUCCUAAGGUUGUAAAGCAUAAUGCUAACAAGGUUUUCAAGAAGUGUGUUGACCUUGAUAAGAAGAAGCACCAUCAUUCUUCCCUUUCACCUCCAAUUCUACCUUGAAUUUUAAGCGGAGGCGAAGAUCGGAUUUAGAGUUACUGGUUCAGGAUGAACGUGAACUAUUAUAUAUAUUAAUAUUUUUAACUUUUUGUUUUGUUUUGCAUAUGUAUAAGUUGAGCUUAUUAAACUCGAUCUAAGUAAGUUUUUUAUUUUAAAGAAAUAAGAUUUUUUUGUUUAUGAGUAAUA